CACGUUUUGUAAUAGUUGGAUUAUAAUUGUUGAUCCCUUUUGCCUAUUAAAAAUAAAGUAAAAAUAAUAGAGUGAGAUACAGCAAGUAAUAUAAAUGUGAGAUAUUCUUGUUGGGGUAGCCUUAUAUAAAGGGGGAUAUGAUAUAGAGAUCAACUACAUACUUAUUCCCCUCUCCAAAUCAAAAUCACCAAAAUCAAACAACUCAAAAGAAGAGAGAGAAGUUAAAGCUAUAAUUCUAGAGAGAGAAAGAAAUAAAUUUUCAAAAAAAAAAAAAAUUAAAAAUGGAAGAACAUUUAAAUCCACUAGCAGUGACUCAUCUUUUACAAUACACUUUGAGGAGUUUAUGUUGCCAAGACAAUUCUCAAUGGGUUUAUGCUGUUUUUUGGAGGAUCCUUCCUAGAAAUUAUCCUCCUCCCAAAUGGGACACCCAUGGAGGAGUUUAUGAUAGGUCUCGAGGCAACAGAAGAAACUGGAUAUUAGUAUGGGAAGAUGGAUUUUGCAAUUUUUCGGCGUCUACCACCGCUGAGAUGAACUCUGGCAAUGGCGGUGGCGGCGGCGAUUAUCCGAGCUCAUCAGCAUCGUCAACUGCCAAUUAUGGUGAUCAACAAUUUCAGCAGUUUCAAGCUGGAUUACAACCUGAACUUUUCUUCAAAAUGUCCCAUGAAAUUUAUAAUUACGGUGAAGGUUUGAUUGGGAAAGUAGCAGCAGAUCAUAGUCAUAAAUGGAUAUACAAAGAACCAAAUGAAAACCAAGAAAUUAACUUCUUGUCUGCAUGGCAUAAUUCGGCUGAUGCGCAACCAAGGACUUGGGAAGCUCAAUUCCAGUCGGGUAUCAUGACUAUAGCCUUGAUAGCGGUACGAGAAGGCGUGGUACAACUUGGAUCAUUAAACAAGGUUGUGGAGGACUUAAGCUACGUCGUUUUGCUUCGGAAGAAGUUCACCUACAUUGAGAGCAUCCCGGGGGUGCUCUUACCCCACCCCUCCUCCGCCGCGUUCCCACCAUCUAUAAGGCCCGUUGAUGGGUACGGGAUCCCGCCCGAAAUGUGGGCCUACCAAGGCGGCGGAGGAGGGCCCAUGGGAAUGGGCCCUACCACCCAACUCAUGGAACAAUACGAGUACUACAACCAAGCCCAAGCCCCACAACAACACCAGUCACCCAUGGUGAGGAUGAUCACCCCAUCGAUGAGCAGCCUCGAGGCCCUCCUAUCGAAGCUCCCCUCGGUGGGGCCUGAUCCGGCCCACCAAGGUCCCACGGGACAUUGUGGGCCGGAGGCCCAUCAGUUCUUGGGCUCACCAUCAGCCCAAAAGAUGGCAAAAGAAGAGUUGGAUGAAGAAGAACAUCAACAAGAAAUUAGGAAUAUUAAUAAUUAUGAUAAUGAAAGAGAGGUUGUUGGGGAAUGUAGUAGCACCUCAAUGUCAUCAUAUCAGCAGCAUUUUUCAUACCAUCACCAAGAUCUUAAUUUAGCUGCUAGCAGGCCUAGUACUGGAUUUUAGUACAAAUAUAAUUUUUAAUUAUAUAUAUAGUUUUAAAUAUUAAUUAAUCAUUUGAAUGAUUGUCUUUAUCUAAGGGACACAAAAUAUUGUAUUCAAAAUUUAAUUAGAUUUAAUUUUUAGUGCUUAGCUUGUUGCUAGUAGCUCAGGGUUCAAGAUUUAGUCUACUAUUGUAAUUUUUGGUUUGUAUCUUUAUAUAUAUAUGUAACUUUUUUUAUAUGUAAUGCAACCUCUAAUAGGUUACAAUUGUAUUAUUUUAGUAUUUUUCAGAUGGACUAUAUAUGUAAAUAUGUAAUCUUCUUCGUAAUAAAUACACAUAUAUAUAGUU